UUUGCAUAUUGUGCGGCAGAAACGUGUGUAGCCUUGACACACCUAAGCUAGAUCGAAGGCCAUGGCCUGGGCAGUGGGCUGAUCAAGCGAAGAGCUGUCGGAGUUGGGGUUAUUGUGAAAUGUCAGAAGUGUAUAAGUAGUUUGUGUAGUGAAAGUAAUGUAAUUUUAAAUAUGAGUGACAAAACCGAAGCGGAAUUGUCGCUGGUUUUCGAAUCGAAAGAAGAGUUACAGAAGUCGCUGGAAAACAAUGUUGCUAUUAUACAUCGGCAGUGUCAAGAGAUACAAGAUCUGAAAAAUGAAUUGGAUGCAGUUACUACAGAACGUGAUAUGUUGUUAUGUGAAGUUAGUAAAUUGAAAUUUGAAAUGGAGAUUGCAGAUUUGAAGAGACUUCAUGAUGGAUGUUCUGGUGAGGUGUUAGAAGGUCAUUGUGUGGCAGAACUCCAGAUGAACGGACAACUUGCUGUCUUGAGAGACAGUUAUCCUCAAACAUCAGAGCGGUCCCCAUGCAGUCUUGGAAACUCACAUUUGUCCAGCAGGGGACAAGGCCUCCACAAGAAAGGUUCCGUUCGAGAAAGUGGAGAUGUGCUCAAAAGAUCUCGGGUCCAAACUACGUAUGAACUCUCACAAGAUUUGUUAGAAAAACAAAUUGAGAUGCUGGAGCGGAAAUACGGUGGUGUGAAGGCUCGUAAUGCAGCUCUUACAAUCCAGAGGGCAUUCCGUCGCUACACACUACUGAAGAAAUUCGCUGCAAUCACUGCAAUGGCUAAAGCUGAGAAACGACUUAGCCGGAGACUACACACUUCAUAUGAGGUUUGCGCCCGAUUUGUAGACAGUGAACUGGUUAUCAGAAACAAUUUUGCAGGCUUGUCUCAAGAGUUACGGCAAAAUUGUUCCCCACAGUCUCAUGUCACUACCCGCCCCCUGCCACUACGCUCCAUGUCGAUGCGAGAACGGCGGAACAUUGACAGUCUCCCUCUACCAAGGAGUCAGUCUAGUCGCUGUGAUACGGCUCAUUUCAAUGUCCAGUUGGAUUACUACACCCCCACAUCAUUGGCGCCAUGCCCUUCCUAUAAUGGCCCUAAACACUUCUGGGACACAACGCACUACUACAUGCCACAGGAGGCAUUCUCGGAAAGUGGUGAGUUUGGACAGGACAGUGCUCUGAAUCGAGACUCAUCAUUACGUCGAACCAUUGCCACAUCACCACUUCACCAAAAUAAUGCACCUUGGAAUAGACAAGAGAGUUGGACAUCAAAAUCAGGGACCCCACCACAGAGACCAUGGUGCCAAGGGCAGAAAGUACCUCCAGAGGUGCCAAAAAGAACUUCAUCCAUCUCUUCCCGAUCGACAGAAACAAGAUCUCUUCGAGCCAAUGGCCUGAAUAAGACAAGGGAAAAUGGGAGUUUAUCUAGUGUUCAGUCUUCAGGAAGUGAUAGCAGCCUUUCUACUGACAGAGUUACAUGUGAGAAUUUAGAAGACAGUAACCAUAGAUGUUCUCCAAUAUGGAAACGGAAAGGCCAGUCAAACUCACCCGAUCAUCAAGAAGUGUCAUCGGAACCUUCCAGUAAAGAACUGAGCCGCUCACAUACAAAUGCAGCAUAUCAGCUUCCAUUGCAAGAUCAUGUAGAAGCCCAGGGACAACAUACUAUGUAUAAGGUUUCAGAGACAGUGAGGAAACGUCAGUAUAGAGUAGGCCUCAAUCUUUUCAAUAAAAAACCUGAAAGGGGAAUUGCCUACCUUAUUCGUCGUGGCUUUCUUGAAAAUUCGCCCCAGGGAGUUGCAAGGUUCCUGAUAUCAAGAAAAGGACUGAGUAAGCAGAUGAUAGGGGAAUACUUAGGCAACUUACAGAGUCCUUUCAACAUGGCUGUGCUUGAAUGUUUCUCCCAAGAGUUGGACCUCUCAGGAGUGCAGGUGGAUGUAGCACUACGCAAGUUUCAGACUUAUUUUCGAAUGCCAGGGGAGGCACAGAAGAUUGAGAGGUUAAUGGAAGUGUUUGGUCAGCGCUAUUGUCAGUGUGAUCGAGAUGUGGUUGCAGGAUUUCGAAGUCCAGACACUGUCUUUGUUCUGGCCUUUGCUAUAAUAAUGCUAAAUACAGAUCUCCAUACACCAAAUUUAAAACCUGAAAGGCGCAUGAAAUUGGAGGAUUUUAUUAAAAAUCUUCGAGGCAUUGAUGAUGGAGCAGAUAUAGACCGUGAUAUACUUGUUGGUAUAUAUGAAAGAGUGAAAGCCAAUGAGUUCAAACCUGGAUCUGACCAUGUUACUCAAGUUAUGAAGGUACAGUCAACAAUUGUUGGGAAAAAACCAAAUAUGGCGCUUCCUCAUCGACGGCUGGUGUGCUACUGCCGGCUGUAUGAAAUACCCGACAUCUAUAAAAAGGAGCGUCCUGGGGUUCAUCAAAGAGAAGUUUUUCUUUUCAAUGAUCUUUUGGUUAUCACUAAAAUCUUGAGCAAAAAGAAAAAUUCUGUAACCUACACAUUUCGGCAGAGCUUUCCACUUUGCGGGAUGGUGGUCACUCUAUUUGAAGUUCCAUAUUACCAGUAUGGUAUCAGAUUGUCUCAGCGAGUGGAUAACAAAGUAUUGGUUACAUUUAAUGCACGCAACGAACAUGAUCGUUGUAAAUUUGCUGAAGAUUUGCGAGAAUCCAUUAGCGAAAUGGAUGAGAUGGAGAAUUUACGCAUUGAUGCUGAACUCGAACGUCAAAAAAGUGGCCGUGGGGGUCGCAGUAGUACUGAAAACAGAGACAGUGGAGUAGCAGAUGUGGAGGUUUGUCCGUGUGUGCAAUCGGGGCUGGGGGGCUGUGACAGUGACGGUUAUCCAGAGGGCGACAGGGAACAUCAUGUACCUGACACUGUGCUCAAGCGAUCUGCUCUCAGCAACUCUCUUCUAGAUAUUCAUGAGCAGUGUGAUAAACCACAGCGGAGAGGAAGUAUGGGAUCUCUGGACAGCGGAAUGUCCAUUUCAUUCCAGUCCAUAUCUACCAGCACUGUUAGUCACGACUCAUCACCUCAGAAUGUUCAGUCACUUUCAAAAGCUAAAGGAAGCAAGCAGAUGAUUCAUCAGCAGUCCUUCCUUGGAGGUUUGUUUGCCAAGAGAGAACGCAAAGUUUCUCGUGCAGAAGAGCCGAACCCCUUCAGUCGCAGUACAGAUGUAUAGUAAUGCUGAUAUAUGCACAGACAGUUGAAUGUUGGUGAAUUUAUUAAUUGCAGAUAUCUCAUUUGCAUAACAUUUAAUGUGUUUGGUCACUAAAUUUCAACUUCCUUAACCUUCUUAUGACUGAUAUUGAUAGAGUGUAAAGUACUGAGAAAAGAGCCCUGAUAUUACCUGUUCCUUUGCCUCAUUACCUUAAUGUACAAUUAUAUUUGUUGGAUAUUUCCCCCCUUCUCUUUAGUAUUGUAUAAUUUUAUAUUUAAAUAAAAUUCAAGUUUUUUGUACAUUAAUACUUUUCACGUGUGUAUCAAGUGAUGAAUAAAGUCUCAUAAUCAUACUUCCAUGAUGUUAAUAAGAGAAUUGUAUGGCAGUUCAGCUUAAUUGUUAUUUAUUACACAUUAUGAAAUGUGAGACAGUGUAUAAACUUACUUAUAGUGUAUAAGUGUAAUUAACAAGAAUUUUUCUUGCUGAAAGAUGUUAUAAGCAUCAUUUAACUAAAUAGUAAUUUAAUUAGGUGAAUAUAAUAUUAAUUUCACCAUAAGUUCUGGUUAAUCAGAACCUAAGUCAGUGAAAUUAAUACAGUAAUAAAACUUUCAUGUACAGAAAGAAGUUCAUUCGCACAUGAAUUUAUGUGAUUUCAUUGAUUUUUGGCAUGAUUUUUGUGCAAGUGGUACAAUUACCAAAUACCAAAAAGAAAACUUGGUCAGACUGUUAAGUUGCAUAAAUGUGUGUGUUUGAGUGGAAGAAAGUGAGAGAGAGAGAAAGUUGUGUGUAAUAAUUAUAUGAUGGGCAUACACACAUUAAAAUAAAUGAUUAUAUAUGAAUUAUUGGAAUAUACUAUUUAAGUACUAGUAUCAAUAUAAAAUAACCAUUUCCUAAAUAAACAUUGCAGAUUUCUAAUGCAGUUUUUACUGCAGGGACAUUUGUUUUGUGUUAAUACAGUGAAAUGCAUUACAGUGAACUUCAGCCAACGCAGGAAUUGUACUGAAUGAAAUGGAAAUUCAUUGAAACAAUAAAGGGCAAGCAUGUAUAUCAAAUCUUAAAAAGGUAACAAAAGAAGUAAGCAUUGUCACAUGUAAGUAACGUGCUUACUAGCAACUGAUAUUGAGGUUUCUAAACCAGUUUUGGUCUUUGAAGCAGGAAUUACUGAGCCACCUUGCAGUGAAAAUCUAACCUCUUAUAAAUAUGAAAUUUUGCAACCCAUGUGUGCACAUACCAACACAUGAAUGCACACACAUUCACAUUCUACUUGUUACUGACCCUGAAAUAUGUACAUCUACUUUCACUUUUUCAUUCUGUACAUUGUUCUAUUUCCACUAUUCCACCAGUUAGUAAUCCGUUUCUUUUUUCAUCCUACUCUUGCACUUCAAGCAAAAGUUUGGCCCUUUCAUGUGGAUAAGUUGAGUACAUUAUUACACAGUCCCCAACUUUUUAUAUUUUGAGCAUUUGAUGUCUUGUGAGAAAUGCUCAGAGUACUGGUAUGUCAUCAAGUUUCUGUUCAUAAAAAAAAAUUGUUUUAUAUUGUCAGUAUUACAUUUUCAUCUUUGGAAUAAUCUGCCCAUAGCACUUCACUUUGUAUCAAAUUGUGCUGACAGCACAUACUGUCCAGUAACCCUCCUAGAAAUGGUUUCAGUUCAGCCUGUACUUCUUUUGGAAUUGAUAUGGCCAGUUGAUAAUGUCAUGCUUAUUGUUUCACUGCAUUGUAGUAGCUAAGUAAUACUUGUUGAUAUGCUUUGUGCAAAUGUUUCUUUUAGUCACUUGGAAGUUAGUGUCAUAAUCAUUAGAUGUGCUUCAGACUCUGUCCUAGAUCAUUAUGGGAAAGUGUUUUAUGUCUUUCUCUUGAAAACAUAGAAAGAUUAUGGCAUGAUAACAUAUUUCAUAGUUAAUAUGUUAUUCCUGCCUCUGUAUCACCUCUGAUGGAACUUCCAGAAUUGUUGUGGCAUAUAAAUUGUUUAUGCCUGUUGCUGGAGUGCUGAACCACAGGGAAAUAACCUCUGAAUAGUAUUUGACACUGGUUCUGAUGUUGGACACUGCUACAGUGAAAGCCACUAGUAUCUGACAUGUAUUUUGCCUGUUUACUCCUCCUUCUCCACCACCACCACUGCCACAGCGACUGCCAAUGUUUGGACCUUUCAGCGUGUUCUGUUCCUCUGUAAGAUAGGAUCCUUCCAGCAUAAGUUUGGAUGUCCAAUGGAUCUUGUUCCUCUAGGUUUAUAAUCUGUUAACUGUUUUGGAAUGCAUACACUUUCUAAAGUGAGAGACACACUCUCUCCCACACAUGGGUACAGGUUGUCGUCUGAAUCAGAGAAGCCAAGAGGGGUGGCACUUGCUGUGUAUUUAUACAGAUUUACAAGAUGCCAACCUUUGCUAUGUUUUUAGUUUACAUAUAACACUUGCUUACACAACAUUGCCAUAGGGGUGCUUUCCCUUUCCAGUACUCUUCCAAUGUAUUUAUGAACUUUGGUCGGUAACUAUGGAUGUCAUCAAAAGAUUUGUAAUAUUCAGUAACAUCCGUAUUCACUUUCUCUACUCUGCCCCUGACCAAGGCUCAGAAUAACAAGGAGAGAGUAUUGUUCACAAACAAUUUACACAAGAUUUCAUUUCUGCAUUGGGAAUAACACGUGUAUGCUCUUGCCUUCUCAAUAAACAUUGAUCUGUAAUGAAUAAAAUAUGAACUCACAGUAAUCAUUUGUUGCGCCUGUAACAUCCAUUUAAGGUUUUUUUAAUAUAUAUACCUAAAAAUGUCAGUUCCAAUGAGUAAGCAAUUUCCAAGUUAUUAUAGAGUAUCUGCAGUCUAACCACAAACCUACUGUUACUAAGAUGGAAUAACAUAGCAACUAUUUUUUUAAUAUUUAUUAAAAGGUUAUUUACCUCAAACCGUAUUUCAAGCUGUUUCAUGAUCUUAUUUAUUUUCUGUUGAGCUACAUCUUCAUCUUUAUCAACAACAAGUACGUUAAUAUCGUCUGCAAAUGAUACCAUUUCCGCACCUUGUACAUUUAGUGGGAGAUCCUUUAUAUACAGAAGAAACAAUAGUGGUCCCAGAAUUGACUCCUGUGGUACCCCAUGUAUUGUUUCUCUCAAGGGUGAUAUACAUAUAUGUAUUUUGGAUGAUAUUUUUAUUCAGGUUAUUUAGUGCAACAAAUUGUACUCGGUGAGAUAAGAUUUAAACCAUAAAUUAGUAACCCCUCUGAUCCCAUAGUAAUUUAAUUUAUCUAGUAUUUUUUUUUAUUGCUAGUGGGGUGGGACUAAGUCCCUUGUACUGCAGCCA